GCGUGACGCCAGCGCCAACCACUGCUGCCCCGACCACGCCUGCCCCGACCACUCAAGCCCCGAUAACUCCUGCCCCGACAACUGCCGCCCCGACUACCCUCCCCCCCGUUACGCUGCCCCCCGUCACUCUUCCCCCGACCACCCCGGCCCCUACGACCGCUGCCCCGACCACUCCCUCCCCGACAACUGCCGCCCCGAGUACCCUUCCCCCCGUUACGCUCCCUCCCGUAACACUUCCACCGACCACUCCGGCCCCUACAGCCCCAACUACCGCUGCCCCGACCACCCCGGGCCCGACAACUGCUGCCCCGACCACCCUCCCCCCAGUUACUCUCCCCCCUGUAACUCUUCCGCCGACCACCCCGGCCCCUACAACUGGCGCCCCGACUACUCCCUCCCCAACAACUGCCGCCCCGACUACCCUUCCCCCCGUUACGCUUCCCCCUGUUACUCUCCCGCCGACCACCCCGGCCCCGACAACCGCAGCCCCGGUUACGCUGGCCCCCGUAACUCUUCCACCGAUCACCCCUGCCCCGACCACUCAGGCUCCGAUAACUCCUGCACCGACAACUGCCGCCCCGACUACCCUUCCCCCGGUUACGCUUCCCCCGGUAACUCUUCCACCGGUCACCCCGGGCCCUACGACCGCUGCCCCGACCACCCUGGCCCCAACAACUGCUGCCCCGACCACUCCUGCGCCUACUGUUGGCAACCCAUCGCCGACCACCGCGGCCCCUGUAACUCCUUCUCCGACAACCGCGGCCCCGACCACUGUUGCCCCGGUCACCGCUGCGCCGGUUACUCCGUCUCCAACAACCCCGGCUCCAACUACUGCCCCGACUACUCAGUCUCCAACAACCCCGGCUCCAACCACUCAAGCCCCGGUCAAUCCGGCCACUCCUGCACCGACUUCCCUUCCCCCUGUAACCGCUUCCCCGGUGACUCAGUCUCCAACCACUCCGGCCCCGACUACACUUUCCUCGGUAACCCCUUCCCCGACCACUUCAACUCCGACUACCCCAGCCCCGACCUCUCUUCCGGGGUCUCCGGCAACCGCUGCCCCGAUUACGGCUUCUCCUGUAACCCUUUCCCCGACUACCCCAGGGCCAACCACCUCUUCCCCGGCGGCUCCAGCCCGGUUCCAACGACGCCUACCCUCAACGUCCCUCCCCCGACCUCCCCUGCCCCGACCAUUCCCGGCGCUCCGGCCCCGACCACUUUUCCGCCGACGUGCAACUGUCCGGGCGCCAUUGGCAACAUUCCGGCGGAAGAGUACUGCAACAUCAUCGACUUCUCCACUCUCCGCGGGCCGACCGAGUGUCCGUUCAAGAACGACGGCUUCCAGCUGGACACGUGUUUCGUGACGCCGCAGGCGCCGCUGUUUUCAAGUGACGUGUACUGCUGCAUCGACCAGCCGCCACGUGACCAGGCGUGCGGGGACGGGAGAGGCGCGUGCUGCGAGGACCACAUCCGUGGAGGGGUUUGUCUCCUUUCCCUCAUCGAGCACUUUCAAAACGACGUCAUGUUCGUCCAUCAUCUGCAGAGGAGGGCCAAAAAUGCGGAGGCUUUUCUAAACAUAAGAGGGUGCUUCCUAUAG